AUGGACACUCCCGUAGCCAACAGACGCAGCCCCGGGAGCAGCUACCACCGCAUCGACCUGUGCGCGACGGACCCGACGGAGCUGAGCGGCGCCAGCUCGCCGGGCGCCAGUUCGCUCAAGCGCUUCGCCUGCCAGUUCGACCCUGGCUCCAAGAACGGGCGCGUACUGGUGCUGCUGUUCGACCGCAAUGGAGACUCCGAGUUCAAGGAGAUGAGCAGGCUGGACGUGCUGCGGAUGACGCAGCAGGCGGCGGCGCCCAGUGAGGAGGAGCCCGAAGAGGUCGGCGAGGCGACGGACAUCACCCCACCGAUGCCGCUGCGUCGCCUGGGCAGUGUCGGCGCCAAAGGACGCCGAACCAGCAUGCACGUGACGCGUGGAGAUGGCGGAGGGAUCGAUGGGCCCAAUUACGCCACUGUCUGUGACGUCCAGCGAGUGCACGCGCGAGACAUUCGCCGAAUGGAAAACGCGUUCUCAGUGUCGAAUGAGCCGUCGAUCGUUAUUCGGAAGCAGGCGAUUCUCAUCAGCGCUGACCCAUUGCGAGCGAUCGUGAUGCGAGAUGUGUGCCUGGUGUAUGUGCCUGACGGAGCGGAUAGUCUUCUGUCCAUCCUGAAGGAUCAGUUCAGCCAGACUGCUCGAGAGAACGCGGAGUCUCCAUUCGAGUUCAGAGCAUUGGAGGCUUUGCUGGCCACCCUCGCCCGGUACUUUCAAGCAGACUACGAGAAACUCUCCCCCGUCGUCAUUUCAGCGCUGGAGCGGCUCGUUCAAGGAAAUCUGCACUCACGUGAGCUGGAGACGCUACGCGAGUUCAAAAACACGAUGAAUGAGUUUGAGUCGCAAGUGGAUGGUGUACGUCGAGUGCUUAUGGAGCUGCUGGACAACGAAGAAGAUCUUCGCCUGCUGUACCUCACCAAGCUUCAUGAAGACCCUUCUCUUCUCAUGGACCUGUACAGCUUCGAUUCCGAGGAAGCUGAAGUGCUGAUUGAAAAUUACCUGCAAGAUAUCUUUUCGACGCGCACACAGGCGGACUUGAUGCAGCACCGCAUCACAAACACAGAAAGUCUGGUGAUGCUGAAGCUGGACUCGAUGCGAAACUACUUGCUCCGAGUCGACUUGGUGUUUUCGCUGAUGACCAUCAGUCUAUCGGUAGGCACUCUACUUGCUGGAGUGUUUGGCAUGAACUUGGCUUCUGGGGUCGAAGAAGCGUGGGGUUGGUUUUGGGGCGUAGCGAUCACGUGCGUCGUAGCCUUCAUCGUGAUCACGGCCAUAGGCAUUCUUUUCUUCAGACAGAAGGGGGUGCUACAGAUUUGA